AUGUCUCGAGCAUAUGGCAAGAGAACUUCCCUCAUUGAGGAAAGGGGAAAUUUCAGCUUUGGCAAGUGUUUGGACUUCAUACAGCAACAAGAGUUUUCCAAUAGAACGGCUUCGUUAAUUGCGUCAAUUAACAUUGAGUUGAGGAAAACACACUUGUCUCCCAGUCCUGAAGAUUCGGGGGUAAUCAAAGCUUUCAAAACAACUGUUAUUGAAUGCCUUGACAGCUUUUACUCAUCUUUGAAUACUCUUCUAAUCGCCGGUCUACUCGAUCCUAGAGUUCGAGCUCAGAUCCUUGAAGGUGCCCCUCACUCUGUUCAAAUGUUAAAGGAGAAAGUUGAAGGGUUAAGUCAUCUGAGAGCUAAGGAAGAACUGUUUCCCUCCAUAGCCAAUUAUGAAGUGGAUCGAUAUUUAAAAGAAGAGAUGGCAUGCGAAGUUCACGCAAAUCCCCUUAAAUGGUGGAUUGAUCGACAAUCUACAUAUCCUCUACUGAGCCGACUGGCGAAACACUACCUCGAUAUACCCCUAGCAUCUUUCAAUACGCAACUCCGAUUAAAACCCCUUCAAAAGUCGUACGAAAAGGGAAUCCUAUCCAGCCCUAUCCUUCCAGACGGUUUAAAUUUCCCCAAUUACCGUGACGUCUUUGCUCAAUUGAAGAUGAACCUUUCUACUGAAGAUAUGCUCAUUUAUACCUUCCUAUGGCACAACUGGCAUUUGCCAUCUAAUCUGGAAAUGGAACACGGAGAGCUGUCCCAAGUCAAGUAA